AUGCUCAGCAGGUAUGAUUCGUCAUGUACUCAUGCACAAUCUCUCCGUUCCUCUUUGAAGGUGCACGAUUUGGUGAAUGAUAACCAGAAGACUGAAGAACAGAAAAUUGCUUUAGCAAAAGAGAUGGUCCAAUCCCUACCAAUGGAACAACAAGAGGGAGUGUUGGGCGUCAUCAAAUCUCUAAUCGAAGCUUUUGUCCAACACACUCAGUACACGUUGGAACAAAUUCGAGAAAAAAUUAUGACUGCUAAGCAGCAAAAGUUAGAAGCCGUUCAGAAUAUGAAACCGAUGAAACGACAAGCAGGACAGAGUCACUCUUCUGAGUCCAAUUCAGUUUCAGCCGAGUCUAAAGAAAAGAAACCCUGA